GAGCCAACACCGCGCCGAUAGCAGCGGGGCCGCAGCCGCGGCUCGCCGCCGCUAGCGCCAGUGCCUCCGCAGACAGCUUCAUUCUGCUCGCGUUGCCACGAUGAAACUAUUCCUACUCUUCGCCCUCGUGGCCAUAGUUACCGCUGAAGAGCACAAAUCAAAAUGUAAAACCAUCUCCGUUCGUGGCAAGAUUCACAAGAAAGAAGUUUUAGCUACCGGAAUCAACCGACCCUACCAGCUGUCCAUGUACAAAAAUGAACAUAAAAUCUUCUUCAGCUACAAUGUUGGGAAAAAUGAAGAAGACACCUUUGAAAUCGGCUACAUAAAAAAGGGUGAGAAUAAUGUGACUUCUAUAAAAGGUGUUCUUAAUGGGUUCGCAUCAGCCGUGGACGAGGAAAACCACCACGUCUACCUGGGCGGCAGCAAGGGCAUUUACAAAUAUCACCCGAAAGACAACGAUAGGCUUGAGAAGAUUGUUAGCGGUCAUAAUAUUUGGUAUAUGUUCUUUCACAAACAUCUUUACUUCAUUGAUUAUCCUUCACAAAAAUUGUACGUAUACAAGAAGAAAAAUGAAACAGAACCGGGCCAAAUUCAUGAACAUCAUAUAAAGGACAAAAUUUAUCAAUAUGUUAUCGACAAACAUGGUGAUCAGUUUAUGACAACCGACAGCGGUCUCUACGGGAUCAAAGAAGGCUCCAGCGAGCGCCAUCUGUACUCCGACAUCAAACUUUUCCGCGGCGCAGCAUUGGAUAACACGGGAAAUGCUUACUUUUGUAGCAACCAUUCCAUUUAUGCUACUAAUAAAACGAACCAUUCUCUAGAAGAAAUAGUACACGUACGCAACGUGUUUGGGAUAACAUUUGAUAGUCAAGAUAAUUUUGUUUAUUCUGAUCCCAAGUCCAUUGUCAAAUUACUGCCUGGGAAAUGCGACUAGGUACCUAACCAGAAUUAUCCGCCAUGUUAGAAAAACAAAUCAAUUAGCAUGUUCUGUAUUUAGAAUCAAUAUGAUUACAUUUGUAUUAACUUGCAAUAAAGUAGUAGACUGUUCACUGCGA